CAGCUAAAAAAUAUAUAAACUUCGCCUUCGUCGCCUGUGAGAUUCGAACUCACGCGGGGAAACCCCACUUACUUAGCAGGCAAGCGCCUUAACCACUCGGCCAAAGCGACGGGAUGAUACAACUUUGAGCUUUUGAAAAUAUAGCGGAAAGAACGAUGUAAACCGCGUUCCCUUCUCAAUUCGAACUUUUACUUUCGGCAGAGCGAUUUCUCUUCGUUUGUGUGUGUGGGCGCGAUCGGAGUCUAGAACGAUAAUCGUUACCAACGAAACAGCUUAUAUAACAUAACGGAAACAGUUCCGUUCUCGCAUACACAGAGAAAUGCCGAUGACGGUGCAAUCCGCCGGGAAUCUGUUGGCACACGAUCGCGGCGUUUUGACUGCGGUGGUCGCCGGAGCAUCCAGUCUUUCUUUCGUAGGUUCGGGCUUCAUAGUUCUCUGCUACGUCCUCUUCAAAGAGCUCCGCAAGUUCUCAUUCAAGCUCGUCUUCUAUCUCGCCCUAUCUGAUAUGCUUUGCAGCUUCUUCAGCAUGGUUGGGGAUCCAUCCAAAGGAUUAUUUUGUUAUGCUCAGGAAUAUAGCACUCAUUUCUUCUGUGUGGCAUCUUUCUUGUGGACUACAACAAUUGCUUUUACUCUUCACCGUACAGUUGUUAGACACAAAACAGAUGUUGAAGAUUUGGAGGCUAUGUUUCACUUGUAUGUGUGGGGGACAUCACUAGUUAUGACUGUCCUUAGAUCUAUUGGUAAUAACCACCAUGGACACUUGACCUCGUGGUGUUGGGCACAAACAGGGCGUACUGGUAAGGCAAUUCACUUCCUAACGUUUUAUGUGCCACUAUGGGGUGCAAUUCUUUACAAUGGUUUUACAUACUUUCAAGUGAUACGCAUGCUAAACAAUGCAACUCGAAUGGCAGUAGGUAUGUCGGACCGAGCAUAUCAACAAGAUGCAAGAGCAGACAUGAAGGCUUUAAAUCGGUGGGGAUACUAUCCACUCAUUCUGAUAGGAUCAUGGGCUUUUGGAACAAUAAACCGCAUUCAUGACUUUAUUGUGCCUGAUCAUAAUAUCUUUUGGCUCUCGGUGCUUGAUGUUGGGACAGCUUCACUUAUGGGCCUCUUUAACUCAAUAGCUUAUGGUCUAAACUCUUCAGUGCGUCGAGCAAUAUAUGAAAGAUUGGAUCUGUUCUGGCCAGAGAGGUUUCGGAGAUGGUUCCCCUACAGUUCAAAGUUCAAAAAUCAACAGCAAGAGAGUGAACUAGUUUCACUGAAAGUUCAAGAUGAACAAUAGCAAAUUCGAAUUAUCUGUAACUCAAGCUUGCAUACUUCAUCUCCUGCCCCAAUUUUCAACAUUUUUUUCCCUUCACAGGUUUGGAACUGUGAAACAAAAGACACAGCAUCAGUGACAGAUCUAUUUAAUUGCCAACGUGAUUCUCUCCUCUACCCCGUUAUUCUCCUUCUCAAGGCUGAUUUAAAAGUUCCUGAUAGAUCUUCUGGUUUUUGGAAAAAAGGUUUACUUCGGAAGGACAUGUGAAAAUUUGUACAAUAUACAGAGAGAUAAGGUUAAAGUGCUUCUCCAUUGAUUUAUGUAAGAUAAUGUUGUUGAUUAGGAGCUCUCUAUUGUCCUAACCUCUUGAUGUUUUCAUGUAAAUGUAUCUUUUUCCUUGCUUGGCCUUUUUUCCUUUUCACAAUCUAAUUCGUUGUUAUUCUUCAAAUUUGACCUGUUUUUGGCGUUUUUCAUUUUUUAUUGAAAAAGUUGAAGAGAACCAAAGUACAGGUUUUCUGUUGUCUAAACGGGUGUACUACUUCAGCAGCAAAAGUUUGCUAUUAGAUUUCAAGGACAAUGAAGUUUGGGGACUUCCAAGGAGAGUGAACUGGCGAUAACUACUCUUAAAACAACCUCCAAACUAAGUUGAAUACAAUCCCAGUCCUUAUAAAUAUAUUUUCUUUUUAUGGGCAAUUCUGUAAUGCAAUAAAUUUCAGAAAAAAAAUAAAAUCAAGGUUGGGAGACGAAGCGGAUGUUGAUGAUUCUUCCCAAUAUUUGACUACCAUUAGAGUGUUCCUUCUCCGCGGAAUUCAUGGUUUUUCCCGGAAAAGUUAUUUCCCCUUAAACCAACAACAAACUUGUGGCAAGAUAUUUAUAAGAAAAAAAAAAUAAGAAUAAUAAAAUACUGUUAAUUUCAGUUUUAAAAGCACAACUGUAGAAUUACAGAAUGGCCAAAAAAAAAAAAAAACCAUAAAAAACCCAUCUCCCUGAACAUAGAGAUCUUUUUUUAAUUUAUACCUUUUAAUUUGAUCAGUCGUACAAAGGGGGGAUGAAAAAAAAAAAAAAAGAAAAAAAAAAGAAAAGAAAAAGAAAAA